AUGAUAUUCAAGGGCUGGGCAGUGGCGACAGGUCGUUACAGGGAGGGUAUUGACCAGCUCGAUACUGCUGACUGGAGGAGGCAUUUCCAGCGUGCGCUGGAUAAAGACGAGAUCCUGGUGUUGCGUGCUGAUCACAGUCAAGAUCCAGUCGACCCACACAAGAUAUACUGGAGUGAGGACAUAUUAGCAGAUAAGAGGGUGAAAGUAAAACUGGAAAAAGCCCACUGUCUGAUCAGCUUGCUGGUGGAAAAGGGGCGUGCUGCUUCUGGGAAAUGCAUCUCCAAACUCGCAGAGAGGGACUUCAAUCUCUACAGGACUCUUAGGCUUCAUCAUGACAGUAGGAGUCUGUGUCGUAGGAUAACGGCUUACAUUAAGUGUGCUGCAGUGCUCGAGGGGCUGCUGAAGGACAUGCAGGAGAUGAAGCUGCUGAGUGAUGGAGAGGUGGAAGAAGUGAUGAAACAGGAAAGCAUACAGGACAGGACCUCCCACCUGACAAGCAUGGUGAUGAGGAAGGGGGAUGCCUUCAGAGAGAACCUCCUCUCCAAAUUCGCAGAGAUGAACCCCAAAUUCUACAGUCCACAUUACCCUGAUUUGGACCCAGUUGACAGGCUAAUACAGGUGCAAUCCCAGUUUGUUGAGAGUGUGAGUGAUGCCGUGAUGGAGGAGCUGCUGAAGGACAUGCUGGAGAUGAAGGUGCUGAGCGAUGAGGAUGUGGAGGAAGUGAGGGAUACUCCCCAGAAUACCGGGCUCCAGUCCUGGUUGGUGGAGCAGAUCAACAGUGGGCGGUACCCUGGUCUGAGCUGGACCAAUGAGGCACUAAAACAGUUUAGAAUCUCAUGGAAACAUGACAACCGGAAGGACUUGACAACUGAGGACACAAUGAUAUUCAAGGGCUGGGCAGUGGCGACAGGUCGUUACAGGGAGGGUAUUGACCAGCUCGAUACUGCUGACUGGAGGAGGCAUUUCCAGCGUGCUUUGGAUAAAGACGAGAGCCUGGUGUUGCGUGCUGAUCACAGUCAAGAUCCAGUCGACCCACACAAGAUAUACUGGAGUGAGGACAUAUUAGCAGAUAAGAGGGUGAAAGUAAAACUGGAAAAAGCCCGCUGUCUGAUCAGCUUGCUGGUGGAAAAGGGGCGUGCUGCUUCUGGGAAAUGCAUCUCCAAACUCGCAGAGAGGGACUUCAAUCUCUACAGGACUCUUAGGCUUCAUCAUGACAGUUGGAGACUGUAUCGUAUGAUUCCCAAGUUCAUUAAGAGUGCUGCAGUGCUCGAGGGGCUGCUGAAGGACAUGCAGGAGAGGAAGCAGCUAAGUGAUGGAGAGGUGGAAGAAGUGAUGAAACAGGAAAGCAUACAGGACAGGACCUCCCACCUGACAAGCAUGGUGAUGAGGAAAGGGGAUGCCUUCAGAGAGAACCUCCUCUCCAAACUCGGAGAGAGGAACCCCGAAUUCUACAGUGCAUAUUACCCUGAUUUGGACCCAGUUGACAGGCUAAUACAGGUGCAAUCCCAGUUUGUUGAGAGUGUGAGUGAUGCCGUGAUGGAGGAGCUGCUGAAGGAUAUGCUGGAGAUGAAGGUGCUGAGCGAUGAGGAUGUGGAGGAAGUGAGGGAUGCUCCCCAGAAUACCGGGCUCCAGUCCUGGUUGGUGGAGCAGAUCAACAGUGGGCGGUACCCUGGUCUGAGCUGGACCAAUGAGGCACUAAAACAGUUUCGAAUCCCAUGGAAACAUGACGACCGGAAGGAAUUGACACCUGAGGACACAAUGAUAUUCAAGGGCUGGGCAGUGGCGACAGGUUGUUACAGGGAGGGUAUUGACCAGCCCGAUCCUGCUUACUGGAGGAGGCAUUUCCAGCGCGCUGUGGAUAAAGACGAGUGCCUGGUGUUGCGUGCUGAUCACAGUCGAGAUCCAGUCGACCCACACAAGAUAUACCGGAGUGAGGACAUAUUAGCAGAUAAGAGAGCGAAAGUAAAACUGGAAAAAACUCACUGUCUGAUCAGCUUGCUGGUGGAAAAGGGGCGUACUGCUUCUGGGAAAUUCAUCUUCAGACUCGCAGAGAGGGACCUCAAUCUCUACAGGAGUCUUAGGCUUCAUCUUGACAGUAGGAUUCUGUGUCGUAUGAUUCCGGAGUUUAUUAAGAGUGCUGCAGUGCUUGAGGGCCUGCUGAAGGACAUGCAGGAGAUGAAGCUGCUGAGUGAUGGAGAGGUGGAGGAAGUGAAGAAACAGGCCAGCACACAGGACAGGAUCUCCCACCUGACAAGCAUGGUGAUGAGGAAGGGGGAUGCCAUCAGAGAGAACCUCCUCUUCAAACUCACAGAGAGGAACCCCAAAUUCUACAAUACACAUGGGCCUGAUUUGGACCCAGUUAACAGGCUAAUGCAGGUGCAAUCCCAGUUUGUUGAGAGAGUGAGUGAUGCCGUGAUGGAGGGGCUGCUGAUGGACAUGCUGGAAAUGAAGGUGUUGAGUGAUGAGGAUGUGGAGGAAAUGAGGGAUGCUCCCCAGAAUACCGGGCUCCAGCCCUGGUUGGUGGAGCAGAUCAACAGUGGGCUGUACCCUGGUCUGAGCUGGACCAAUGAGGCACUAAAACAGUUUAGAAUCCCAUGGAAACAUGAUGACCAGAAGGACUUGACAACUGAGGACACAAUGAUAUUCAAGGACUGGGCAGUGGCGACAGGUCGUUACAGGGAGGGUAUUGACCAGCCCGAUCCUGCUGACUGGAGGAGGCAUUUCCAGCGUGCUCUGGAUAAAGACGAGAUCCUGGUGUUGCGUGCUGAUCACAGUCGAGAUCCAGUCGACCCACAUAAGAUAUACUGGAGUGAGGACAUAUUAGCAGAUAAGAGAACAAAAAUAAAACUGGAAAAAGCCCGCUGUCUGAUCAGCUUGGUGGUGGAAAAGGGGCGUGCUGCUUCUGGGAAAUUAAUCUCCAAACUCGCAGAGAGGGACCCCAAAUUCUACAAUACACAUGGGCCUGAUUUGGACCCAGUUGACAGGCUAAUACAGGUGCAAUCCCAGUUUGUCGAGAGUGUGAGUGAUGCCGUGAUGGAGGGGCUGCUGAAGGACAUGCUGGAGAUGAAGGUGCUGAGCGAUGAGGAUGUGGAGGAAGUGAGGGAUGCUCCCCAGAAUACCGGGCUCCAGCCCUGGUUGGUGGAGCAGAUCAACAGUGGGCUGUACCCUGGUCUGAGCUGGACCAAUGAGGCACUAAAACAGUUUAGAAUCCCAUGGAAACAUGAUGACCAGAAGGACUUGACAACUGAGGACACAAUGAUAUUCAAGGACUGGGCAGUGGCGACAGGUCGUUACAGGGAGGGUAUUGACCAGCCCGAUACUGCUGACUGGAGGAGGCAUUUCCAGCGUGCUCUGGAUAAAGACGAGAUCCUGGUGUUGCGUGCUGAUCACAGUCGAGAUCCAGUCGACCCACACAAGAUAUACUGGAGUGAGGACAUAUUAGCAGAUAAGAGAGCGAAAGUAAAACUGGAAAAAGCCCGCUGUCUGAUCAGCUUGCUGGUGGAAAAGGGGCGUGCUGCUUCUGGGAAAUUAAUCUCCAAACUCGCAAAGAGGGACCUCAAUCUCUACAGGACUCUUAGGCUUCAUCAUGACAGUAGGAUUCUGUGUCAUAUGAUUCCGGAGUUUAUUGAGAGUACUGCAGUGCUCAAUGGGCUGCUGAAGGAAAUGCAGGAGAUGAAGCUGCUGAGUGAUGGAGAGGUGGAGGAAGUGAAGAAACAGCCCCACCCAAGUCACAGGAUCUCCCACCUGACACGCAUGGUGAUGAAGAAGGAGGAUGCCAUCAGAGAAAACCUCCUUUCCAAACUCACAGAGAGGAAACCCAAAUUCUACAAUAUACAUAGGCCUGAUUUGGACCCAGUUGACAGGCUAAUGCAGGUGCAAUCCCAGUUUGUCGAGAGUGUGAGUGAUGCCGUGAUGGAGGGGCUACUGAAGGACAUGCUGGAGAUGAAGGUGCUGAGCGAUGAGGAUGUGGAGGAAGUGAGGGAUGCUCCCCAGAAUACCGGGCUCCAGUCCUGGUUGGUGGAGCAGAUCAACAGUGGGCGGUACCCUGGUCUGAGCUGGACCAAUGAGGCACUAAAACAGUUUAGAAUCCCAUGGAAACAUGACGACCGGAAGGACUUGACACCUGAGGACACAAUGAUAUUCAAGGACUGGGCAGUGGUGACGGGUCGUUACAGGGAGGGUAUUGACCAGCCCAAUCCUCCUGACUGGAGGAGACAUUUCCAGUGCGCUAUGGAUAAAGAUGAGUGCCUGGUGUUGCGUGCUGAUCACAGUCGAGAUCCAGUCGACCCACACAAGAUAUACUGGAGUGAGGACAUAUUAGCAGAUAAGAGAGCAAAAGUAAAACUGGAAAAAGCCUGCUGUUUGAUCAGCUUACUGGUUGGAAAAGGGCAUGGUGCUUCUGGGAAAUUCAUCUUCAAACUCGCAGAGAGGAACCUCAAUCUCUACAGGACUCUUAGUCUUCAUCGUGACAGAAGGAGUCUGGUCCAUAUGAUUCCCAACUUCAUUAAGAGUGAUGCAGUGCUCGAGGGGCUGCUGAAGGACAUGCAGGAGAUGAAGCAGCUGAGUGAUGGAGAGGUGGAGGAAGUGAAGAAACAGGCCAGCACACAGUGCAGGGCCUCCCACCUGACAAGAAUGGUGAUGAAGAAGGGGGAUGCCAUCAGAGAGAACUUCCUCUUCAAACUCGCAGAGAGGGACCCCGAAUUCUACACUAUACAUUGCCCUUAUUUGAACCCAGUUGGAAGGCUAAGGGGGGUGCAGAAAUCCCAGUUUGUCGAGAGUGUGAGUGAUGCCGUGAUGGAGGGGCUGCUGAAGGACAUGCUGGAGAUGAAGGUGCUGAGCGAUGAGGAUGUGGAGGAAGUGAGGGAUGCUCCCCAGAAUACCGGGCUCCAGUCCUGGUUGGUGGAGCAGAUCAACAGUGGGCGGUACCCUGGUCUGAGCUGGACCAAUGAGGUACUAAAACAGUUUCGAAUCCCAUGGAAACAUGACGACCGGAAGGACUUGACACCUGAGGACACAAUGAUAUUCAAGGACUGGGCAGUGGCGACAGGUCGUUACAGGGAGGGUAUUGACCAGCCCGAUCCUGCUUACUGGAGGAGGCAUUUCCAGCGUGCUCUGGAUAAAGACGAGAGCCUGGUGUUGCGUGCUGAUCACAGUCAAGAUCCAGUCGACCCACACAAGAUAUAUAUUAGCAAUGCAGAUUCCAGAUUGGAAGAAAGAGGCAACCGCUUGACCCUUAAGGUCACAGAAUUAACAACAUUUCGGCCUACAAUACACCAUGAGGGACACCAUAAAUACUACAGGUUUUCGUUCAAGAAAGAAGGAGAAUACCAGUGUGAGAUCACAGCUCUGAUUUUUGACAUGGUGUCUCCAGCUGAAGUUGUGUAUGGGACUGAGCAAUGGGAGAAGUGUCCCCUAGACCAGAGCUCCCUGCUUCCUGCCGGCCCGCUGUAUGAUAUAAACAGUCCAAGCGGAGCACUGAAGCAGCUUUCCUUCCCACAUUCGGAGUGCUCCCCUGAAGUUCAGAAUCACUUGAUGGUGGCACACUACAAGAAUGACAAUGUUGAGAUGAUUAAACCAAGCGAAGUGACAGAAACUCACAUCAAAAUAAAAGUCACAGAAAUGUCUCUCUUUGGUCUUGUGAGAAGAUGGCUGAAAUAUAAAAGUAAAGCUCAGGUGCUUCUGUUUCUCAGGCAGCUGACUGAGAGAAAGAAGCUGAAUGUUUUCUUGCUCUCCUCAAAUAUUGUUUUAGAUGAUGUGCAAGAGAAACAAAAAGACAGUAUUUUCAUUGAGACAAGUUCACGCUGUGUUGUGUUGGAAGAGGAAAAGUACAGCGUUUCAUGUGACCAGGAAAAUGCUCAUGUACAACCAGACACAUAUGAUUUUGUAAGAGACUACGGUCCCAACUUCCACCCAACAUUUGAAAUCUUUUUGAACAAUGACGUAAAAAGUCUGACUCUUGAAGUUUUCAAAAGCACCAAAAGAGAUGCUUCGGUCUGGUCUCGCAAAGUAUGGCUUGAUGAGACCGCCAGGUGUACCAGUGACUAUGUGCAAUCUGAAACGGCUGCCGUAAAACCGAGACCUACCUCAUUACAAGCAGGUGAGAGGUUGAAGGCGGUGCGGACGAGGCUCAUCGAGGGGCUGAACGCCUCAGUAAUCCGGGACCUGCUGGAUGACAUGCUGCACAUGAAUGUGUUGAACGAUGGCGAGGUGGAGAGUGUGAAAGAGGGGCAGACCUGCACCAAGGACAAGGCCAGCUGCCUGAUCGACAUGGCACUGAAGAGAUAUUGACUAAUUUCAAGGAAGGUUUGAAGAUGGAGUCUUUUCCUGACCUGGGACCUGUCCACCUGAAUGAGGAGAGCAGUGAACUGGAGCCUGUCCACAUUAAAG